CUCUUCAUCAUGGCGACGACCAUAGAGAGCAGUAACGCCGGAGCCGCGAACAAGAAGAAGCAUCUCGGCAUCCCCGAGGCUGUGUUUGUGGAAGAUGUGGACUCCUUCAUGAAGCAGCCAGGCAACGACACAGCCGACGUGGUGUUGAGGAAGCUGGACGAGCAAUACCAGAAGUACAAGUACAUGGAAGUGAACCUCGCCCAGAAGAAGCUGAGGUUGAAAAACCAGAUCCCACAAAUUAAGCAGACGUUGGACAUCUUAAAGCACAUGCAGAAGAAAAAGGACGGCACAGAUCCCAUGGAGACCCACUUCCUUUUGGCGGACAAUGUGUACUGCAAGGCCUCGGUGCCCCCCACCGACAAAGUGUGCUUGUGGCUGGGGGCAAACGUGAUGCUGGAGUAUGACAUUGACGACGCUCAGUCCUUGCUGGAGAAAAACCUUGCCACGGCGUCCCGAAAUCUCGAAACCCUGGAAGAAGACCUGGACUUCUUACGAGACCAAUUCACCACUACAGAAGUCAACAUGGCCCGUGUGUACAACUGGGACGUCAAGAGGAGGAGUCAGGCCAACGCCUCCAAAACUGCCGACAAGUCUUAAAUGCCAUGAAGUCUCGGUUCUCUUCGUCACACACACUUCUAUAAACCUCCCAUUUUGCCACUAGUUACAAUUGUUUUCAUUUAUUUUUUUAAUGUAUUGUUAUCAAAUUAAAAAAAAAAAAAAUUUAAAAUCU